AGGUGCUUUGUUUGAAAAACAUGAAGACGACUCAAUGGUUGGCCCAACGAUGAGAUGUAUUAUUAGAGAACAGUUUGUAAGAACUAGAAUGGCAGAUAGAUAUUUUUACGAUUUACCAAAUAUAUUCAAUGAAUAUCAACUGACAGAAAUCAGAAAAGUGACGCUUGCCAGAAUCUUUUGUGAUAACAGCAAUAAUGUCACAAUGAUGCAGGAAAAAGUUUUUUUGAUACCUACAAUGGCUGAUUUGCAACUCUGUAAUUCCCAAUUAAUUCCUAAAAUCAACAUCAAUCACUGGUCAGAAAUGGUCGAUACAUUUCAAAAAUAACCUCGUAUAAAACAUUGAUGUAUUUAUUUAUGAUGCAUUAUUGUUGAAAAACAAU